CAAAUCCUAAUUUAAUUUCUUUAAUCCCUCCUUUAUCUAAGAUUUUUGUGUUAACCCUUAAUUUAACAGUUCCCCUCCAACUGUUUUUUUUUUUCGGUUUCAUCAAAAUUCAUCUUUAUUGUCAUCAGUUUUUCAUAUUAAGUCGUCGCUAUUCCCAUUCUAUUCUUUCUCUUCCUUUCACGGACAAGAGGAAGAAAAGGAAGAGAAUAAUCGGUUUUUGAUUGGGUUUCAAGCUUUGGAAUCGGAGUUCUUUGAAGAUAAUCAGCUAUGCAGAGUCAAAUUGUGUGUAAUGGGUGUAGGAGCAUUCUUUUUUAUCCUAGAGGGGCAACAAAUGUUUGUUGCGCAUUAUGUAAUACGAUUACAUCAGUCUCUCUUCCAGGGAUGGACAUGUCCCAACUUAUAUGUGGAGGUUGCAGGACGUUGCUGAUGUAUACAUGUGGAGCAACAAGUGUGAGAUGCUCCUGCUGCCACACUGUGAAUCUUGCACCAGUAGCUACCAACCAUGUUGCUCAUGUCAACUGUGGCCACUGCCGGACAACACUAAUGUACCCUUAUGGAGCUCCAUCGGUUAAAUGCGCAGUCUGUCACUAUGUUACUAAUGUUGGUAUGGCAAAUGUGAGGGUUCCACUUCCAGCAAACAGAUCUAAUGGAACAGCCACCUCUGGUACAUUGCCUUCUUCUUCAACAACACAAACCGUCGUCGUUGAAAAUCCUAUGACUGUCGAUGAAAGCGGGAAAUUGGUGAGCAACGUUGUUGUCGGCAUCACAACAGAAAAGAAAUAAAUCAUCAAAUGGGGUUCCAAUAAGUUGCGGCUUAAAUUGGUAGAAGUAGUCCUAAUCCUUUUUACACAUUUCUGGAAAGAUGGAUUUGAUGAAUGCUUGUGUAUAUUGUGGAGAUAGCUAUCAGUUUAUAUUCAUUCAAAACAAAAGAAAGACCAUUUCUUAAAUGAGGUGCUGGAAAAUUUUUAAUGUGUGAUGUACAUUUCCAGUGCACAAGUAGUAGAAAAGGGGACAAAUCGUUUGCCAUUUGUGUGAGUUCAAAAUUGACCUUAUGUUUGUGGCAAAAUUAUGUAAAGAUUGAAUUUGAAUGUGAUGUUAAUGCAUGUAAUCUUUCCAGUAAACAAAAUAAUGGAUGAACUUGCUAUAUAUAUCAUACAGAUUUAUUUUUUCUGUA